CAAAAUUUAGACGGUUUAUGUCAUAGUUAUGACUUUUGUGUCAUCAUUGAUUUACCCAAGAUUUUUAUUUAUGUGGCGGAAAUGGGCUUCCAUUAUUUUUUUAUUAGGUAGCAUUUCUGAAAUUAAUUUUCGAGCAGCAAAAAGACUGCAUGAGGUAGGCGUGCUCCGGCUCAGUUAAGAUUAAGAAUAAAUAUUAAUAGAAUGGACUUUGUCCUUCCCUUGAAAUAAAACAACGUGUAAAGAUGAGGAAGUAGCUCUGUGAAAUGUAAAGUCUGAAAAAACAGAUCGGUUCUAAAAGAAAGGUUCAGAAUCCAUCCACAACAUCUCUUUGCACAAAUGUCUUCAACUUCACUGCACCACCUCAGACAUCAGUGGUCAUUACCUAGAUGGACAGCAGCACUGCAGGGAUAUGUGACUGUAAAUAGAAUCACUUUAUUGCACACAAGGCAUUUUCAUUCCUCAAAAUCUACAGCCUGCACACAUCCACCAAUGCUUCUAAUCCCCAGAAGAAAAUACAAUGGCAAGGCAAAACAGAUGUCACUCCCACAAAUAAACUAUGUUUUAAAGGCUAAUGAGUAUAGUUUAAAAGCAAAUGGCUAUGAUGGACGGUAUAAUGUGUCAAUAAAAGGGUUUGAUAGUAAUAUCUUACCAUCAAACUCCCCAAGCGAAGACCGUCGGAGUGCUGCAACAUGUCUACAGAACCAUGGCAUGCUGUUCGGAGUGUUUGAUGGUCAUGCAGGGUCUGCUUGCGCACAAGCAGUUAGUGAACGUCUCUUCUACUACAUAGCCGUGUCUCUGCUUCCACUGAAGACUUUAAAUGAUAUAGAGGAGGCUGUGGAGAGUGAACGGCCUGUGCUUCCGGUGCUACAAUGGCACAAGCAUCCCAACGACUAUGUUAGCACAGAUUCUGGCAAACUAUACUUCAAUAGUCUGAGGACAUACUGGCAGGAGAGGAUAGACCUUCAUGAGGAUGAUGACGAUGACAAUGACAUACAAACAGCUUUAAGAAGUGCUUUCAAGAGAUUGGACAACGAUAUAUCCUUGGAGGCCCAGGUGGACUUUGGGGUUCCCUUUGCUCAUUUCACACCUCUCAGAGUGGCUCUGUCGGGAUGCACGGCUUGUGUGGCUCACGUGGACCGAGAAGAUCUUCAUGUGGCCAAUCUGGGUGACAGCAGAGCAGUUCUUGGGGUCCAAGGGGAUGAUGGGAAGUGGUCGGCUCUCACUAUUACCAAUGACCAUAACGCCCACAACUCAGACGAGAUGCAACGAGUUCUCUCUGAGCAUCCUGCUUCAGAGCACAAGACAGUGGUGAAACAUGACAGGUUAUUGGGUUUGUUAAUACCUUUCAGGGCUUUUGGAGACAUGAAGUUCAAGUGGAGCAGUGAGCUCUUGAAUCGCAUCUACGAGGCACAGCCAGAGCUGCUGGUCGGGAACGAAAAUGCAAAAAUGCUGCCCCCGAACUACCACACACCACCUUACCUCACAGCAGAGCCAGAAAUCACAUAUCAUAAAUUGCGACCCCAGGACAAAUUCUUGAUUCUAGCUACUGAUGGUCUCUGGGAACUGAUGCAUAGGCAGACUGUUGUGCAAGUCUUAGGGGAACACCUGUCUGACAUCCAGUGGAAGAUGCCAGUUUCUGGACUAUCUUUUACAGUGGGACAGAUGCAUAGACUGCUGCAGGAGAGGAAGAGUAGAGCUCUCUCUGCUCUGGAGGAUGAGAACAGUGCAACUCAUCUGAUACGUCACGCUCUGGGCAGCGAUGGCUGCGGCUCCAUUGAAACUAAGCGCAUAGCCAAAAUGCUCAGUCUGCCCCAGGAUUUGGCAAGAAUGUACAGAGAUGAUAUAACAAUUAUGGUCAUCCACUUUAAUAGUUAAUCUACUUGAAGCUAAUGUGAAAUCUUUUGUAUUUUGAAAAUAUUUUUUGUACAUAUUACAGAUUAAAUGAUUAUUUAAAUUACACUUUUGCAGUUUAAUCCAAUUACUACUCAAGCAGUUGGCUUGAAGAUGUUUUGAAGAAUGUUUGUAACCAAACAGUUGUGGGGCAACAUUGACUUCCAUAGUAUGAAAAAAAAAAAAAAAAAAAAAAGAAAAUAAAAUACUAUGUAAGUCAGUAGCCAUGUUUCCAUCCACCCAUUUUUAUGCGCAUUUUGGUAUAUCGCAUAAAAAAAAAACGUUGGAUGGAAACGGUAAGAUGUGCAUAAAUUCUAAAAAUGCCCAUAAAAAACUCAAAUGACUGAUAAAUGUAUGCGAUGCAUAAACUGUGAUGGAAACACUUUAACGAAUAAAUACAUCAAAAAAGACACGUGAUCUUGCGACGGGACAGCAACUUCCAUUUUUCUUAGUGAUAUUUAGCACCAGUUUAUCAGGAAGUGACGAUUUUGUUCUCUUCAGCUCACUGGGUGGAAACAGUGCUUUAUUCGCAAAUGUUUUAUGCGACAUUACAAAUUUGCGCAUAAGUUAAAUUCAUAACUUUGGAUGGAAACAUAGCUAAUGCAAACCACUUGUUUUUGUUUUUUCAAACAAUUCACACAAUUAAUUGUUCAAAUUAAGCAAGAACCAAACAUUUUCAGUUAUCUUGGCUUUAUUUGAAAUGAACUUUCAUCAAGGACUUUACAAAAAUCAAAUCUUGAUUAGAAAAAACAAGAUGUUUCUAAACCUUAUGGCCUCUAAAUGAACACAAAAGAUAUUUGUCAGCCAUUUAGUUCCCACAGCUCAUAGAGCCAAAAAGCUGAAUAUGUUGAUGUUUGAUCAAAACUGCAGAUUAAAUCAUGACUUAUUUUAUAUUGUGUAUCUGGCAAUAUUGUACACUUCCUCAAGUGAGAAACAAGCCAAUCAGAUAUAUCACAAAGACAAUAUA